AUGUCGAUCCGCACUCAAUCACCCUUGCGUGUGCUCCGCAACUUCGAGAUCGCUCAAGCUAGUUCUGUCAGAUCAUAUGCAACACUCGGCAAGAUCGACCCAGUGAAGAUCCCCGCCUCGGAAGUCGCAGGAUCCGGAAGACGAUCCAAAGCAAUUGUAUUCCAAGACGACGGCCGAAAGAAAUGGUCAGAACUCGGCUCCGGCCAAAAACUCACCCGCGCAACCCUAACAACCGGAUCCCUCGGCAUCAUCGUCUUUGGCGCAGUCCUCCUUGGAACCAUCACCUACUUUUUCGCGGAACAUGUGUUGAUGCCGACCUCUGAGACCAGAAUAUUCGGGAGGGCGUUUGAUAGGGUUAGAGAGGAUGAGGAAGUUAAGAGGGCUGUUGGGGAGGGGAUGAGUGCGUAUGGGGAGAGUCAGGGAACGAGAUUGAGGCGGAAUGCGCCGGUUGCAUCGAAGAGAUAUACUGACGAUAAGGGACUUGACCAUAUGAUCAUGAGGUUUUAUGUCCAGGGUGAGUUGGGACAGGGUGAGGUGAAUCUCGCGAUGACGAAGAAAACUGAGGAGGAUGAGUUUGUGUAUAAGUAUCUGUUUGUUGAUACCCCGGGAGAUGGGUUGCCGUCGAAGAGGAUUUGGUUGGAGAGGGACCAGCAGAAGAAGGCUUCGACGAAGAGGAGUUGGCUUGGGUUCUCCCGGGCGUGA